AUGGCUGUUCAAAAGAGAAAACUCACUCGUCUGGAAAGACGAGCCCAACCGAUGCAGGAUGUCGUUCCACAUGAGCCUCUCGCGUCCCACGAAGAUAUAAGAAAUCCAACUCCUGCGCCCGCAACCAAAAAUCUGAAAGCCGACCUCAAGGACAGCCGAACGACUAGAAAACCGAAAGCCUUAAGCAAUAAACAGAAGUUAAAAAUUCAAAGAGGAGUCGAAAUCUCUGAUAGAAUUCAAAACAAAACUUCGAAAAAACACACAAGGAAAGAGAAUCGUCAAGCAGCCAAGAAAAUUUAUGAAUAA